UGUCUGUCUAGCUCUGUGUCCUCUAGCUACACCAUCUACCCAACAUCAACCAGCGUACAGCAAACUCCAGCCCCCAUAUCCACCUACACCCCCAGUUCUUCCUUCAGCUCCACAGCUGCUACGUCUUACUCCGUUGGUCUCAGCUAUUCCAGCUAUGAGUCUAGCGGUUACACAUCCGCGCCGUCGUACUUCCAGCCGGCGCAGAUGGUGCCCCCGCAGCCUCAACCUCCACCGCCCCUCCAGCAGCCGCCACAGCCGCCACCACCGCAGCAGACGCAACAACUUCCAAAACAGCUCACCAACUCCUCUUGGAGCAACACCGGGAGUGGCGCAAUCACCACCCCCACCGGCAAUGCAUACAAGAAACCCAUUUUCCACCAGAGCAAAAUCCAAAAACCCAAAGGGCCGCCCAAACAGCCACAGCUGCACUAUUGCGAUAUCUGCAAGAUAAGCUGUGCCGGUCCGCAGACGUAUCGAGAACAUCUGGAAGGACAGAAGCACAAGAAGAAAGAGGCGGCUCAGAAGAGCGGCAGUCAGGUGUCCAACGGACCUCGUGGAGUCCAGACGCAGCUGCGCUGUGAAUUGUGUGACGUCUCAUGCACCGGCGCCGAUGCUUACGCUGCACACAUCCGGGGAUCCAAGCACCAGAAGGUGGUAAAGUUGCACACCAAACUUGGCAAACCCAUCCCUUCAACGGAGCCCGUUUUCGUGAGCUCUGCCCCUGUUGCCGUGACAAUGACCACUAGCAAGACAGCGGCGACAACCGCUCCCACCCCUACAUCGGUGGCGCAGAAGACGCUGGCUCCUUCCAAACUCACGGCGUCUCUUGCGAAAAAACACGCCACUGCUAAAGUUGCCAUUAUCGGCAGCAGAACUUCCACACCAGCUCUGGUAAAGCUGGAGGAGGUGAAGCCGUCUGUAGUGAAGACGGACGCUUUGAGUGAAGAUGAGGAUGGUGAUGGUACUGGAGCUCAAGGAGACAUUCAGCCUGUGGGACACGAUUAUGUUGAAGAGAUUCGAAAUGACGAGGGAAAGGUGAUUCGCUUUCACUGUAAACUGUGUGAAUGCAGCUUCAACGAUCCCAACGCUAAAGAUAUGCACCUGAAGGGACGGAGACACCGGCUGCAGUACAAGACAUGUGCCCUUGCAGCCUCAGAGAAAGACCCUCCUGAUGUUCUCGGCAGGACCAAGUGCCUUGAGUAUUUAGCGGCUCUGCGACAUGCUAAAUGGUUUCAGGCUCGGGCGAACGGUCUUCAGUCUUGCGUCAUCAUUAUUCGGGUUCUGCGGGAUCUGUGUCAGCGCAUACCUGCCUGGGGCAAGAUGCCCGACUGGGCCAUGGAGCUGCUUGUGGAAAAAGCCAUUAGUAGUGCAUCAGGUCCACUCAGUCCUGGAGAAGCUCUACGGAGGGUCCUCGAAUGCAUCGCCACCGGGAUUAUCCUGCCAGAUGGUCCAGGUCUUCUUGACCCGUGUGAGAAAGGUCAAACUGACGCUCUGGGAAACAUGUCGAAACAAGCUCGGGAGGACGUGACCGCUAGUGCCCAGCACGCGCUACGACUGCUGGCUUUCCGUCAGAUCCAUAAAGUCCUCGGCAUGGGCUCACUGCCGGUCUCAAAGGCCGGAGCUCGAAACCGCAAGAGACGGCGCGACGGCAGCGACACCGGCGAGGGAGAAACCGACGGAAAGAAGGAUAAAAUAGACGAUUCUCACGACCCUUGAGACGUCCGCCUAAUCUACACAAGCUGUCAUGUCUUUAGAAAUGUAUAAAUAUCACUCGAAGAGGAAAAAAUACAACACUCAAUGGUUCUGUUGUUCAAAAGGACAAUAGAUGGAAAAAACUUAGUCGUUCACCUUUUAUGAUGCAAUACGUCUCUCUAUUACAUCUGAGCUGAAAAUAAGCCGAAAUGCUCCUGAAAUGCAGCAGUCGCAUCUCGUUUUCAGUGUUUCAGAUGGUGACUGAACGUCGCUGCCCAUCAGCGACCGCCAUAUAAUAAAAGUUACAUCACAUUAGCUCUAUUAGGCACUUUGACAUAUUAAUGGCACUUAAUUAAAAGCUUUAAUAAUCCCGACACAGGCCAGUCUUUUUUUAUGUUUACAUCAUUCAUUAUAUAUAUAUACAUAUACAUAUACACACACACACACA